ACCAUGUCCAAAUCAAUUCAGAGCAAUGGCUAUCACAUCUCUGGACAGUCAAAUGUGCCAAUCUCCCGCCCAGCUCAUGCUUUAUCGGCAGAGCAGGUUACGGAGGAACUCCAAACAAACGCGGUGACCGGUCUGAGCCCUGAGGAAGCGAUUGGACGCCUGGCCAAGUAUGACUCCAACGAGCUCGAAAAGGAAAAGGGCGUCCAGCCACUUCAGAUCUUCAUCGCCCAGAUCGUUAACGCCAUGACACUGAUUCUCCUUCUUGCCUUUGCCGCCAGUUUCGCCAUUCAGGCGUGGAUUGAGGGCGGGGUGUUGGCCGCCCUCAUCUUGAUUAAUAUCGUCAUCGGAUUCUUGCAAGACUUGCAAGCUGCGCGGACCAUCGCCUCACUGGAAUCACUGAACUCACCUACGGCUCGAGUCAUCCGGGCGGGCGAAAGUCAAGUCACAAAUGUCGCUGACCUAGUCCCCGGUGACAUCCUAGACCUCAAAACCGGCGACGUUGUCCCCGCCGACGCCCGGCUCCUGGACUCUGUCAAUCUUGAAGUCGACGAAGCGCUUCUCACCGGCGAAUCCCUACCUGUUCGCAAGGAUCCUGAGCUAGCAUACGACGAGGAUGACAUUGGCCCUGGCGACAGACUCAAUGUCGUCUUCAGCUCUACGACUAUCACCAAAGGCCGAGGCCGAGCUGUUGUGUUUGCGACCGGGAUGUACACAGAAAUCGGAGCCAUUGCUGCUGCAUUGAGGGUAGAGGAUGGCAAAAAGAGCGUCCUCAAGCGAGACGAGAAUGGAAAGGCCUCGAUUGGCGCUUAUAUUAUCUUCUCGUGUCUUCAGGUAUGGGAAUUUUGGGGAAGAUUUCUUGGUCUCACAGUCGGAACACCCCUGCAGCGGAAGCUAUCUCGCCUGUUCCUUUACAUCUUCGCCUUUGCCAUCAUCUGCACCCUCAUCGUCCUAGGCGCAAACAAUUUUCAGGGACGCCGAGACGUUAUCAUCUACGGUGUCGCAACUGCUCUUGGCACGCUCCCAGUCACGCUCAUCCUGGUUCUCACUAUCACUAUGGCGGCGGGAACUAAGGUGAUGGUGCAACGACAUGUCCUUGUCAGAAAUAUGAGGAGCUUGGAGGCCUUGGGAGGUGUAACAACUAUCUGCUCCGACAAAACCGGUACUCUAACUCAAGGAAAGAUGGUGAUGAGAAUGGCAUGGCUGCCAGGCCACGGGACCUACCAAAUCGAUACAUCCAACGACCCAUACAACCCAGAGGCUGGGUCUGUUAAAUUCACCCACGCCGAGCCCAAAGGCAUGGAAACAGAGAAGCAGGAGGUGUCAUCGGUUGAUGCCAGCGAGGAAGCUCAGAAAAGCUCCUCUUUCCAGCGUUAUCUUGAAGUCGCCUCUUUUGCCAACUUGGCAACAAUACGGAAAGCUGAUGGCGAAAAGAUGGAAGGCUCAAGCGAAUGGAUUGCUCAUGGCGACCCUACUGAGAUUGCCAUCCGAGUCUUCGUGGAGCGGUUUGGACAACGUUCACUGUCAAACAGCGAUGACUGGAAACAACUUGCCGAAUUCCCUUUCGAUUCCUCCGUCAAGAAGAUGUCCGUUCUCUGCCAAGACAGCGUGUCAAGAACCGUACAUGUUUUCACCAAGGGUGCUGUUGAGCGUGUAAUUGGUAGCUGCUCAACCAUUAGCACCUCCACAGAUGCCCUUGCUCCUAUCACGGCACAGUCCACUGAACAAAUUCUGGAAAAUAUGGAAGCCCUUGCUCGCCAAGGUCUGCGCGUCCUUGCGUUGGCCAGUCGGUCCGGUGUCCGAUCAGUUUCCGAGGCCGAAAUAAAGGCUGGAAUCAUCAAGCGCGACGAAUUCGAACACGAUCUUGUCUUCCGCGGUCUCGUCGGUAUCUAUGAUCCUCCGCGUCCAGAGUCGAGGCCGAGCGUCUUCAAGUGUCACCAAGCUGGUAUCAGCGUGCAUAUGUUGACUGGCGAUCACCCAGAAACGGCGCGCGCUAUCGCCAAGGAGGUUGGUAUACUGCCAUCCCGAAUGGACCUUCUUAGACAGGAUGUUGCGAAAAUCCUCGUCAUGACGGCACACGACUUUGACCGAUUGACGGAUGAUGAAGUGGAUCAACUUCCGCAACUGCCUCUCGUCGUAGCCCGGUGCGCCCCGAAUACAAAGGUCAGGAUGAUUGAUGCUCUGCAUCGACGUGGCCAGUAUGUUGCUAUGACAGGCGAUGGAGUUAAUGACUCCCCGAGCUUGAAGCGUGCCGAUGUAGGUAUUGCCAUGGGAUUGGCUGGAUCCGAUGUUGCCAAAAGUGCUUCGGAUAUUGUGCUCACAGACGACAACUUUGCCUCAAUCCUCAAUGCUGUAGAAGAGGGACGACGCAUCUUUGACAACGUACAGAAGUUCAUGCUCCAUGUUCUCGCCGCCAACACAGGGUUCGUCACGACGCUUCUAGUAGGUCUGGCCUAUAAAGACUCUCAAGGAAUCUCCAUCUUCCAGGUUACGCCUAUUGAGAUUUUGUUCAUGUUAUUGGUUGCUGGCGCGUUUACGGAAACCGGUCUGGGCUUUGAGUCUGCAACACCAGACAUUUUGAACCGACCGCCUCAGAGUCUUAAAUAUGGCGUCUUCACCCCCGAAUUCCUGGCUGAUCUUUUCGCCUACGGCAUUCUCAUGGCCGUCUGUCUUCUGAGCAGUUUUGCAAUCGUCUUAUUCGGUAUGAAUGAUGGCCAUCUCGGAAGCGACUGCAACAUCAAGUACUCAGAAUCUUGCAAUGCCGUAUUCCGCGCCCGCACUACGUGCUUCUCAAGCAUGAUGUGGAUUUUCCUCCUCUUCGGCUGGGAGCUUGUCGACGCAAGACGCUCCUUCUUGGAUGGUGCCUUCACCGACACGAAGGCAUGGGCAUUCAGGCUUUGGCGCAACAAGUUCUUGUUCUGGUCUGUCGUCAUCGGAUUCGUCAGCAUCAUCCCUACGAUCUAUAUCCCAGUUCUGAACCACAGGGUGUUCUUGCACUACAAUAUCGACCGUGAAUGGGGAAUCGUCGUUGCCGUGACGAUGCUGUUCUUUGCCGGUGCAGAAUUGUGGAAAUGGGUGAAGCGAGUGUACUUGAGAAGGAAGAACUUGAUGAACCACAAAGAUGAAGGGUCUGGCGAAGAGGAGUUGGAGGCGAGAGUAUUUGAGCAGUUCUACCAGUCCGACUUUGGUAGCGAUAGCACAUGUUAGAAGGAAGGCCAACGGGAGUAGCGCGAGAAACGCACAGAGUUUGAACGAUACAAAUUAGCGAUAAAUAAUCCCCCUCCAUUUAAUAUACCAUGACUAGAAAACGCCUUAACAGGUAU